AUGACGGAGUUACGAUACUACGUCCUUAUAAUGAUCUUUGUCUUUCAAAUCAUCGGUUUGUUCAUCAACGGCUUUGCCUUGUUUCUAUUUCGGCGGUAAGAAGUUGAAAAUUGGAUCGUAUAUGAUAUCGAAAUCAAAUUCAGUAAGAAAUCUCUUCGUGCUCAUGCAAGCCAACAACUUAUACUUCUACUAACACUAACUGAUUGGCUUUAUGCGUUACUUUGUGAGUUUUAUUGACAUUCUCUAUUUGCUAUUGGUGAUUAAAGGCGCAUGGGCAUAACCUAAGAAAAAGGUCCCCUGACGAAAAACCACUUUCAGUGUCUUAAAGUCAUUCAAAACUCUCAGGAUCAGACUAUACUUUCGAAAAAUGUUGGAAUUUCAUUGAUUCCAGGCCUACCUCACAUAACUUAUCUAAUCUAUAAUUGGAGACCUGAUGGAAGUCUUUACAACCCUCAAAUGGUCACUUAUUCCGCUUCGCCAACGAUCCUACAGUUCAAGGUCAAUCUGACUUUGACCAUUUUCAUCGCUUUGGAGCGAUGUUUGGUGGGUUUCGUAAAUAUUUUCUUUGAAGAAGGCUUUGGAAAGAGGUAGAAAAAUCGGCUUGAAUCAGCAUGAACACUUUGAAGCUUCCCAACUCAAGCUCAAAAAUAUUUGAACACUCAUUUUUCCAGGCUCUUCUGUUCCCAAUUUGGUACCACAAGAACUGUGAAAGCGGCUUUGCCAAAGUCGCUCUAUCGAUCGGUAUCUUAUUCGGAGCCAUCGACUUGACCUUCUUUUUUGGUUAUGGCUACAAUACGAACGUCCAAGGAUGUACAGCGACCGGUUGUUUCAUUUCGACCAUUUCCAGACAGUUCACUGGGAUAAGCAACAUGGUUGGUCAAGCGUUUUCAAUCGAAAGCUUCUAUUAAAAGUCCACAUUACGGAAUGGCAAAGGUUCUCUUUAGAACCACCUUUCAAAUUUUAUCUAUGCGCCUUUAAAAUCUGAAGUAUCCUACUUUUAAGGCAUGCAAUUAUUCAACUUUCAAUUUGACAGUAAAGAGCAUGAUAACUUAUUUCUGAAACUUUCUCAACUUAAAUUAUUUUUUUUUUCUACAGAUCCUAGGAAUCCUGGUCGUUCUUCUGACAGCCGGCUAUUUGGUCAAACUUCAACUAUUCCAAGGUCGCCAAGCUCAAAGAAGAUCUUUCCAGCAGGUACUACAAACUUCACCUUUUCCAAUUAAAACCCGGAAAUUGAGAUUAAUCAACUGGCGUCUGUCAUCUUGUUGAGCUCCCUGACGCUGAGCACGUUCCCAAGCCUAGUCAUCGGCGCGGGAGAAAUUAUUACGAAGAUUGCCGAGAUUUUCAGAGUCAUCGGUCCGUUCUACGUGGCCGGCAUGACGCUCACAGGUGAUAGUUUCAAAAUUUCAAAGAGGAGAUGAAAAAAACUCGAAGAGACGGAAAAUUCUCGAUAAAUAUGAAAGGAACUCUAAAGAGGAAAUAUCAGUCUAUCAAGUUUUAUUUUUUCGAAUUUUCGAUUAUAAGGGCAUUGAAAUUUUUUUUGAAAAAUGAGAAAAUGAAAUUUUUGAAGAUUUUCUUAGAAAUUCCAGAGUGGUCCCUAUAGAGGUUAGAGGGGAAAAAAACUUCAACGGGAGUCGAAAAAGGGGUCCCUAUGGGGGUAAAAUGAAAGUGGUUCCUAUAGGGUUAAAAUUAAGGUGGUCCCUAUAGGGAUGUAGGAACUGACCCCUAAAGUUGCAGGGCCCUAUGGGGGUCCCUCAAUUUCAUUCAAAAAACGCUCAUUUCUCCAGUUUUUCCCCAUGGAAAUGCUUCAUGACAAUUAUCGACAAUCAUGUCCCAUAUAGGGAACACUUUUGCAAGAUUUAGUGGCCCCUGUAGGGGUUCGUAAAAUCCCUACAUGGAACCCUUCAAGAACCUCUCAGGUUGCCCCUAUAGGGACCACUCUGAAGUUCCUAAGUUGUGCUCCAUUGAAAAAAAUUAGCUUUAAUUUUCCAUUUUUUUUAAUCCUUGCCAGUUUCAAGGAUUAUUUAUUUUUUUAUGAAAUUGAGAUCUUUUACUAAAGGCUUUCUCCACAAAUUAACAAAUUCGACACUAAAAAUUUUUUUUCGAUCAUCUUUUUAGAAAUUUUUUUAAUUAUUUUUUUAGCUGAAUGAUUGAUGGAUCAUUAUUGCAAGACCCAUUUUCGUUUUUUUGAAUAGAUUUUUUUGAAUAUUACAUCCUUCCGAUUUUCUAAAAAAAAAACUGGCGGGUAAGUGAUCGCAUUUUGAAGACCUUAACAAACCUAUUUAUAUUAAAAUAAAAUAAAAAACUCAAAACUUCCUGGGAACCUAAUUAAUUUAGAAUAAUACAGGGGUCUCCAACGCCAUAAUAUUUUUUUGACUUUGAACAACGAGGCUCGAAAAACGGUCAAAGCGAUGUUAAGCAGCAAAAAUAUUUCCUCAACGGACAAAACCGUCCCUUCAAUAGUGACACCUUCGGACGGAAACGAUUUCACGUCAUCAACUGCAGAAAUGAAGGGAGUUGUCAAGUUUCCCAGGACCGCUAAUUCACGUUGAUUGUUUUUUUGUUUUAUUUUUUUGUUAAUGUGAAUUUUUUUGUAAUAAAGGAAUUAUUUAUCGAAUAUUUUUUUACACAAAAAAAUGAUAAUUUUGACUACAAAAAGGCCCUUUUUUUCAAGAUUUGGAAACUUCAAAAUGGAAAGAGGUUUCAAGAAAAACACUGAACCUGAUGAGUUUUACAAAAAAAGGUCGCAAAAAAAGAAGCUUAACCUUGGUGAACCUGAAACCUCACUGAAAUCCAGCCUAUCUCAGUUUCUAAAAAAUGCAAUCCAAAAAAAAAACCGAAGAGGGAUCGAACUUGAGUCCUAUUCUCCCUCGAACAAGACCUCUAACCACUCUGUCAUCCGACAAAAAAAUCGUAUAAAAUUAGUAAAAUGUAAAAAUAGGGCCUUUGAAAGCAGAAAAUUAGUAUCUCUACAAGAAAAAAUAUGAAAAAUUUCUACUUUGGUCUGAGUCACGUUGAUCUAUCAUGAAAAUACGCUUCACCAAAUUCUCAGUCAUUUUCAAAAAAAAUCUGUACUUCCUUGUGAACGAACCUUUCUACAAAAAAUGUAUACUUUAUACUUCUCCGUCAUUUUCUUGGUCUAAUCAAGUUCUCUUCUUCCUUUUCUAAAUCACGAAGAAACAUUUAAAAAUAAAUUUUUUUAAUAAUUUUUUUAGUUUUUUUCCUAACAAUAAUUCUUUUUAUUAAAAAAAGUUCCAGCAUUCUCCUAAAAAUUCGUUAGAAUAUUCUUUGACGUAAAAAAAUAAAGAUCCUGAAAGUUUCAACCUGCUAAAAUUCCUAUUUUUUUAGAAAGCUCAUUUUACCGCCUUUUAUUGGUUUUCUCUGAUUUUUAAAAAUUAUUUUAUCAAAAAUUCAAGAAUUUUUUUGAAGAUUGACGCCUUCAGAAACUUCAUCCCGUACGUCAAAAAAAUAUUUUUGGCUAAUUUUCAUAAAUUUCCAAAGUGCAAAGUGAAAUAACCCUCUUGUAGGGAUCUCAAGCUCAAAAAAAAAAAAAAAAAUUUUUUUUCUCGUUUAUAAAGAUCAAACCUUUAUUUCUACAACUUGAAGUUACUUUUUCCAUGAAACUAUAGAACUCCUUCCACUUCCUUAUAAUUUGCAUCAAAUUUAUGGCCCAAACGCUGACAUUUCCUCGUAGACUUGAACGAAAAUUUAAUUUUGUUCCGCUAAAUUCACUUUUUUCAUUAUUUUUUUAGUAGUCUACCCCACGAAACCAACUUUUUUUCAUUUAUUGAAAGCUUUCUAGUUUUGCAGAAAAUUUUCCAAUUUCCAAAAUUUUCCAAUUUUCCAAGCAGAAAAUUUUCCAAAUUUUCCAAAAUUUUCCAAGCUUUUUUAAUUUCUAUCUCUAAAUGUGUCCAAUUUUUUAGAAGGAAGAUAAUAUACUUGAUAAUUUAGAAUUUUCCGAAAAGUUGCCUGAAAAAAAUCAAAUGAAUUUUUUUCUGUUAGUGGCUAGUUACGUAUAAUUCUAUUUUUUUGGAAUUAUGAAUUCUCAUAAUUUUUUUCUAACCCAUAAAAAAAUCUGAUAAAAAUAAAUUGACAAAGGUAGUGACUAAUUAGGAUCUUUUUCCUAGACCUUCAAAGAAUAUUUUAACAAAGUGGAAAUUUCCAAAUUCAAACUCAAAAUACCUAGCUUGUAGGGAAGAAUUCAAUUUUUGAGCUUUUUCAUUGUGUUUCUCAGAUUUUUCACAAAAUUCAAAUUUUGCAGCUUCAGAAUGGGAUUCCAUUUCUAUACGAUGAUAUUGACGUUAUCCCUCCAAGUCAUCAGUUUUUUCAUAAACGGCUUGGUUCUCUACGUGUUCUAUCGGUAAGUUCACUCAUUAAACUUUGGAAAAAAACUAUUUUAUUUUUUUAGAAAACCCUCACUACGAUCCAAUACAAAUCAUCAGCUGAUAUUGCUUCUUUCAAUCGCUGAUUGGUUAUACGCCUUGUGUUGUGAGUUUCAUUGAAUUUCGUUGGUUCUUGAUGGAAAUUAUGGGAGGUAAACAACGGUUUUUGAGUCCCGACAUUAUCGCUUCUCAUACAUUUUUUCAGAGAUCGUUCGAAAAAACAAAAAAUCAUUUUCAGAAAAAAAUUAUCCACUUUCUUACUUGGAUUUUUAUUAGAAAGCCAAUUCUCCCCCAUCUUCCUUUUUUACAAGGUUAUGUUCCAGCUAUCCCUGGAAUGUCGUACUUGAUCGCCAAUUGGAGUCCAAUCAACGUUCACUACGAUCCUUAUAUCACUGUUUAUUCCAAUUCUCCUUUGAUUUUCGAAUACAAAGUGAAUUUGACCCUGACUGUCGCGGUGGCUUUGGAUCGAUGCUGGGUGAGUUCUUCUCCGAAUUCGAAAAAAAAGAUUCCAAACUUUUUUUCUUUUACUCAGUUCUGUUUGAAUGAACUUUAAGUCAAAAAUUCAAAAUCAAGUUUAAUAAGCUCUCAGGCGUUAGAAAGCUCGUUUUUAAAAUUAAAAUAAAUAUUCUGAAAAAUUUCCGGUUGCGUCAUAAAUAUUGUAACAACAGUGGUUUCUACUAGAAAAUCGAAUGAAAGACUGAUAUUUCUAAUUCUUGAGAACUAUAAAGAUAUAUCGAAAGUACUCCUCAUGCCGUUUUGAAAAAAAAAGUUUUUCAGUUGCGUCUUAAAAUUUUGAAAAAAGCAAAAAAGUACCAUUUCAAAAAAAGCACAACUUCAAUUUCAGUAAUUUUGACACGAAUUUACAGCGUCUCGGUUCAAAAACUUUUAAAAGAAACCUGAGUUUUAUAGUUCUGAAAAACUAUUAUAUGAGAUUUUUUUCAGUUAUUUUCUAUUUUUUAAACUUGUGAUCUUCGUACGAAAAGAAACUUUCCAAUGGUCCUAAAAUUGCAGGCGAUUCUUCUGCCUUUCUGGUAUCAUCAAAGAAAAGGCAGCUAUUUCUCAAUGGUCGUUCUGGGAAUCGGAUUAUUCCUCGGAUUAAUGGAUUUCCUGGUUCUCAUCGAAUUUGGAGACAUUCAUGAUGUUCCCGGCUGUACUGCCGCUGGGUGCUUUGUUUCUUCGUUUGCUCGAAAAUGCAUGGGGUACAGUAACAUGGUGAGUUUUAGAUCCUGAACAGAAAAAUUGAGCUUUUUGAAAAAACAAAAUUAUGCAUUAAACUUCUACAUUGAACUUCUAACUGUAACUAAACCCACAAAAAGCCUAAGUGGCACUUGGAAUGGCUUUACGCCAAAAAAUCUCACCGGAUUACACCAGACUAAAAAAAAGAUUCACCAGCAGAGUGAUGUUUCAAAAAAUUAUUAGAAAAAAAUACAAGUUUUUCGAAAAUUGUCUAAAGUUGAGAAAAUUAAAAAAAAAAUAUAUAUAUUCAUAAUUCCGAAAAAAUGAACUUUUUCUUCCAGGCUCUGGGCUCAACAGUUGCGAUUUUAACUCUGAUCAUAAUUGUGAAGUUGAAACUGUUCAGAGGAAGCCACAAUCUCGAAUCACUGGGGAGUCAAAAUCAGCGCCGGUUUUCACAGGUUAUUUUAGAAAAUUAAAAAAAAAUUGCAACUUUUUUUUAAUCUGCUGAAAGUUGAGACGUUUUUUUUACUUUUUGAGACGAGUUAUGGUCCUUCAAAACGCCAAAAACCCUCAUUUUUAUCACCCAACAGAGCUUUGAGACGUUAAAACUGGACAAGAAACAAAGAGAAGACUUUGAAUAUUUCACAAAUUUUUUGGAACCUCCAGGAUAGAUUCAGGAUAACACUCGAAGCCAAACUCAUCCCAAAACACAUACAAGUCCUGAUUAAAAAUUUAAAAAACUAAUUUACAGGCGAACCGAGUCGCCUGCGCCAUUCUUCUAACAUCUCUCAGCUUUUGCACGGUUCCCAGCUUCCUAAUCGGCGCGGGAGAGAUUUUCACGAAACUCCUCAUUAUUUUUGCAACUAUUGGCCCAUUUUACAUCACCGGCUUGGUCUUGACAGGUAAUUGAAACUAAGAAUUUCUUUUCCAAACCCAAAAACUCUCUGCUAUCGCUUUUAAUGUAACUCUAAAAAACCCUAAAAUUACACUAAAAAUCAAAUUACCUAGUGAAACUAAUAACAACUUAGAUACGCAAGUGGAAAGGAAUGGCUUAAGAACAAGUCACAUUUGAUCAAAAUCGAGAAAUGGCUUUUUUUUUUUGUACUUGUUGCUUUGUACCAGUUUUGAAAAAAACAGUGUUAAUUUUUCUAAAAUUCAGGGAUUGCGAACGGGAUCAUCUUUUUGACGCUGAACAGUGAUGCUCUACAAGUUGUCGGAAAAGUUUUAUCGAUGAAUCUGGGAGAAAAUACGAGUAACCAGAACACGGCCCACUCUAUCCCCAGACCUUUGGAGCAGGAGAAUUCGAAAAGUUCAGUCAAAAAGAAAACUUCCGUCAACAAUGUCAAAUUGGUCUGGACAGCGUCUUGA